AUGUCCCAUCUGGGUCUGGAGGAAAGUGAAAACCUUCUCGAGGAUGAGACAAUAGAGGAGGAAGAUAAACCAAGAAUCCCUGAAGUAACUAAACGAAGGCCAACUCUGCAGAAUGUCACAAAUGACAUACAGAACCUGAGAAAAGAAAAAAAUGAAGUUAAGAAGAGGAAGCCUGAUAUUCCUCUGGAUGAGUUAGUCCAAACCUGCACGAAUGUAGGAAAAACACUAAAUAAGUUUUUGAAUAAUCCAAGUUCUGAUGGGAAUUUAGAAUCAGACUCUGAUAACAAAUCUGAUGAGGAUAAUCAAUCAAGUAACGAAGUUGAAGUAGAAGAUGAUAUUGAAUCAGACGAUGACGAUGAGAUGAUUGAACCGUCACAACGAUUACCAUCUUCAACAAUAGCUUUACCAUCUUCAACAAUAGCUUUACCAUCAACAAAAUCAGACUCUGAUAACAAAUCUGAUGAGGAUAAUCAAUCAAGUAACGAAGUUGAAGUAGAAGAUGAUAUUGAAUCAGACGAUGACGAUGAGAUGAUUGAACCGUCACAACGAUUACCAUCUUCAACAAUAGCUUUACCAUCUUCAACAAUAGCUUUACCAUCAACAAGAACUUCCCAAUCUGAUGCUGAUAUUGGGGAUAGUCGUCCAGCUGUUAGUGUCAGUAUUUCCGAAGAAAACUUGACAUCUGCUGAAGAAACUGAAGAACAAAAUCCUACACCUAGAAAAAAAAAAUCAUACAAACAGAAAUAUAAAGCCAAAUGGACAUCAGACGAGGACUUCUCAUAUUGGCUGGAAAAAACUCCACAAAAUCAAGCCAAAUGUAAAGUAUGCAAUAAAAUUUUGGCUGGUGGUAUCACCCACAUACGGCGGCACUCAAAGACUGCAACACAUUCCAGAUUAGUUCAGGCUAGCCGAAAGACUCCAAGUAUUUCGAAAUCGUUUGAGUGUGACAAAGUUAAACAAUUCAAUGACAAAGUCAGAGAGGGGGAAAUUAAAUUGAUUUUGUUUUUGGCAGAACAUAAUUUGCCAUUUUUACUGCUGGAUCACCUUUCGAAAUUAUUGCCUUCUAUAUGCACAGACUCUGAAAUUGCAAAGUCUGUGCAUCUUAGUAGAUUCAAAGGCACAGCCCUAUGUACCAACCUAAUUGGUCCUCAUAAUUCAGAAAUACUUUCUAAGGAUCUGAAACGAAAUUAUUUUUCCCUCAUAAUUGAUGAAACCACAGAUAUUGGGUCAAAAAAAAGUUUAGCAGUUGUAGCAAGAUAUUUCAAGGAAGAUGCAGGUGGAACUCAAGAUAGAUUUCUUGCCCUACUUGAGGUAGCUGACGGAACUGCUAAAGGAUUAUACAAUGCCAUAAAAAACCUUCUGACUGAACUUGAUAUCCCUCAAAAAAAUAUGCUUGGAUUUGCUGCAGAUAAUGCAAAUGUAAUGAUGGGCAACAAAACUGGGAUUCAAGCCCUAUUCAAAGAAGAACAACAAAAUAUGUUCAUUUUAGGUUGUGUGUGCCACUCAUUUCAUCUUGCAUCAUCUGCAGCUUGUUAAUCAGACUCUGAUAACAAAUCUGAUGAGGAUAAUCAAUCAAGUAACGAAGUUGAAGUAGAAGAUGAUAUUGAAUCAGACGAUGACGAUGAGAUGAUUGAACCGUCACAACGAUUACCAUCUUCAACAAUAGCUUUACCAUCUUCAACAAUAGCUUUACCAUCAACAAUUGUUUCAACUUCAAUUAAUAUGGCGACAGCAAAUGAAUGCAUCGGUAUAACUUCAGACGAAGUUAUAACUGCAGGUAUAACUUCGGCUGAAGUUAUACCUAUGAAUGAAUCAACAUCAAUUACAACAUCAACUCCAACUGAAAUUAUAGCUCCAAUUGAUAAUGAAAUAAUCGUGAGAUCAACUGGAGUUGUAGCUCCAAUUGAAGUUGGAAUUGAAAAUUCAACUACAAUUACAUCUGAAGGUACAGCUGUUGAAGAUUUUGAUUGA